CACGUGCUUCAGGCCUGUCGCUGGGUAAUUGAAUGAAGUCAUAGCGAGAAACGUAGACCCAAGUAACAAAGGAAAAUAAAUCUCGUGGAGGCCCCCUGAGUGAAUGAGUGAACGACGACCGGACUCCAACUAGUAUAAGUCCAGCAAAAAAAUCAAUUACAAGAUGGUGCUGCAGAGCAAUAUUAGAUUCUCCUUUCUGCUCGUCCUCGUUUGGGUUGGAGUGAGCAGCAGUUUUCUCCAGUUCGUAUAUGCUUCUUGUCCUUUAGCCGCCGAUUGCGAGUAUGUGGACAAUGGAUCAUGUGGCAACGCAUGCUGCUUUAUGACCUUUGUGGUUCCAGGUACACCGUCUUCGAAAGUGAAAGACGCACUGCAAGAGGGACUUAGCAGCUUGGAUGGGUACUCUAUGAAGCCUAUGGACAACAGUGCGGAUGUACAUGGGUUUAGCAGCUUUGGCUUUGCGGCGCCGCUUCCGGGGAGUGAACCGUUAUGCCGCAUGAUAAUUUUCACUAUUCGGUUUUUGCACUUGCGCCACGGCGGUGGCCGUUUCAAGAUACGUGCGAUGACAUCAAGAUCACGACAACUGAGGUUUUGCACCCCAGGUCUAUAGGAAUAGUAGAACUGGCACAACAGGUUCAGCACAGCAGGUCUUCUAUAAUACAGCCGGUACUGGUACAGUUAUAAGAACUGCUCUUGGUCGUGCAGCAGCUUCUGCUUCUGCUUUCUUGUGACUCAGUGACCACAGUGUCCUCUAAUCCUUGAAAGGUACACGCGCAUCGAUUACAUUGGUCAGGCUAGCCACGAAACGGAUGGUAAGUUCAUGCAGCUGCUGAUAGACAAGGAGAAAAACAUCACAGACGCGCCCCCUGGAAAGCGAUACAAUGACACGAUGAAUUUCCUGCUGUUUACUUAAGGAAGCGAUCCUCGAGAGUCGCGUUUCUAGUUAAAAAGUCGAGAAGAAAGGAAGAUUAUUGAAUCAUCGUCUAAAAAACAACACAUUAUGUUGUCCAAGAAGCACCCAGACAGUUAAUCGCUGAUGUUGUCAUAGACAAUCACUCGGAUGGACAAUUCAGCAGGACGAGGGAAAUGGGUAAAAAAAGACAAGCGUAUCACUAAAAAGACAAGGCAUUACAUUAUAUAUAUAAUAGAGUAAGGUAAAUAACGGGCUUCGGGUUGCUCGAGUUGCAACGGGUUGCUCGGGUUGCCGAAGCGCAGGGGUUCCAAAUCUGGAACGGGUUGCCAUGGGUUGCCAGGAGAAUCCUGACCCAGCAAAAUGGGGCGAAGCCGGGCGAAAUGGAGGGGCAUCCGUGCACUCGAAGCGAAGAAUUGGAGAAGAGCGCAGUCUCUUUUUUUUGUUGCUGCUUAUGAAAGGGGCAGCCACGUUACGUUUGAAGGGCUCUGCAGGCUUUCGGGCUCUUCUUACUUUUGUAGCGUGAGGGCGCGUGUUUGAAGCGAAAACAAGGAGCGCAGGCCUCUGCUCUCUGUUGUUUUUUUUUUGAGGUGAGUGGCGCUGUGGUGUGUCGUCUUCGAGUCGUUGCUGGCGCUCUCUCCCUUUUUUCUUCGGGUGCGAGCGUGGCCAAUCUACUUGGGGGCUGAGAGCGAGUCUCCGUCUGCUGGCUUCAGCGGGCGACGUGUCCAGUCUUGGGUAUUGCAGUAAGUAUACUGGAGGAGGUUGCUAAAUCGGAAUGGAUUGACGCGCUAGAUAUUUAGACAUGAGCGCGCCGCCAUCAGUAUGCAACUACGGCGCGGCGCGUGGUCGUGUCGUGCGCUCCUGUUAAGGUCUCCCGCAGGGUCAUAAAUCUGCGCCCGAAGGGCGCCGCGCAAAGAAUUUGGGUUGGCAACUCGAGCAACCCGAGCAACCCGACCCGAUAUGGGUCAAAAAAAACCUAACUCUAAUAUAAAUAUUUAAUUAGUACGAGACGCUCCUUGUUCGGCAAGUAGGGGCUUGAUCCGAUUAUUUUCUAAGUUUACGCAACCGAGAAGUACGCCAAUGCCCUGACCGGCACGCCUGACGCGACCGUGCUGAAAAUGACGAGUACCAGCGACAUCGGCGGCGCCUACGGUGACUCCGGACAGAACUACAACAACAUUGCGACUCUGGUGAAAUACUUGAAUCAGAAAAGCAGUCUAGCUCUAGGGCUAGGGGACAAGGUGGAUAAAAAAGCAGUCCUCGAAAUCGGAGCUGAACGCAUUGGGUGUCCAAUAGAGAAGAAAGUCGCUAAGAAUGCGGUUAUCGCUUUGGAUGAAGUAGUCAAUGCGAGUGACCAGAACAACAGACCAAUGUCGUUUCUGGUAGUAGCUUCAUGCGGAAGUGUAUUCAUCCUGCUGAUGACCUUCUUCUUGUUUUCUUUUUGGCGAUCUUCGACGACUGACAAUGUGGCGAAAUCGGCGGUCGUGGAUACAACUUCUGAGGAUGGCGUCGAGUACGUGGAAAUCUUGUAGAUGGAACACGGUCCACACGCUUUUUAGCGCACUUAUUACUUUGUCUUCACCUUGUUCCCCUGCGAUAUACUCUUCAAAAAAACGGCGUUCCUGGGGAUAGUAGUAGAAGCAAAAAAACUCAAAAAAAAAACUAACACAGUUGAGGACGUGGAAAAAACAGUUGAAGUAGAUGAAGAUGUGGGUUUGAAUCGAGGAGAUACUUUUUAUUGAUGUAGUUCUAUACACGAAAUGAUUGCCACUACUUGCCUAUGUAAGUAUAUAAUUAUCCGUCAGGCUGUGCUACUACUAGAUGUGGUAGCUAACGACCUGAGGAGGAACAUGAUUUUUAUGAAAAGGCCGAACUUACCCUCCGAAUGAGUAAACUACUACUACUACUAGAUGAAGACUACAACUACGCAAGAGACUCGAUGUUGACGUGUUUCCAGUUUUGCCUGAGCCGUAUUUUUCUUGGAAGACAUGACGCUCUUACAAAAUCUUCAAGCCAUGAAUAACUUGGAAGUGGACGCUUUCUUUAUUCUCGCCCAGACGCUUUCUUUAGACUCGGCCAGACUUUGCAUCAUGUUUGCUCCUGUCUCCUUGGAGUCGUAUCUCAACCCUCUUCCCGUGGGGGUAAGGCAAGAUCCAGCUCUACUUGCAAUAAAUGCAAUACAGAACCUCCA